AUGUCAAGAUGUGUGAAGAGAUUGGGAAAAUGUGUUUCUCUGGUUUCAAAAAGGGGUUUUUCUACUACAUCAAGCAUUCAGAAAGAUGCUGUUGAGAAUGGUGGCAAAUCAUUGAACCUUUAUACUGCCAUUAAUCAAGCUCUUCAUAUUGCACUGGAUACUGAUCCACGUGCUUAUGUUUUCGGGGAAGAUGUAGGCUUUGGCGGGGUGUUUCGUUGCACCACUGGAUUAGCAGAUCAAUUCGGUAAAAAUAGGGUUUUCAAUACUCCUCUAUGUGAGCAGGGCAUUGUUGGCUUUGGCAUUGGUCUAGCAGCUAUGGGAAAUCGAGCCAUAGCAGAAAUCCAGUUUGCAGAUUAUAUAUUUCCUGCUUUUGAUCAGAUUGUCAAUGAAGCUGCUAAAUUCAGAUAUCGGAGUGGAAACCAAUUUAAUUGUGGCGGUUUAACAAUUAGAACACCUUAUGGAGCUGUUGGCCAUGGUGGACAUUACCACUCUCAAUCUCCAGAGGCUUUCUUCUGUCACGUGCCUGGUAUCAAAGUGGUUAUCCCUCGUAGUCCAAAGGAAGCGAAAGGGUUAUUGUUAUCUUGCAUACGUGAUCCGAAUCCUGUUGUAUUUUUUGAACCAAAGUGGCUUUAUCGUUUGGCUGUUGAAGAAGUACCGGAAGAUGAUUAUAUGUUGCCAUUGUCUGAAGCUGAGGUGAUUCGGCAAGGAAGCGAUAUUACACUUGUUGGAUGGGGAGCUCAAUUAUCUAUAAUGGAACAAGCUUGUAUUGAUGCAGAAAAGGAGGGAAUUUCCUGUGAAUUGAUAGACCUGAAGACACUAAUUCCGUGGGAUAAAGAAACAGUGGAGGCAUCAGUAAAGAAGACAGGAAGACUUCUUGUUAGUCAUGAAGCUCCUGUGACUGGUGGUUUUGGCGCUGAAAUCUCGGCUUCAAUUCUUGAACGCUGCUUCUCAAGGUUAGAGGCUCCUGUAGCAAGAGUUUGUGGCCUAGACACUCCUUUUCCUCUGGUUUUUGAACCCUUCUACAUGCCAACCAAGAAUAAGAUAUUGGAUGCAAUUAAAUCGACUGUCAACUACUAA